AUGCAGAUCUUCGCGACCUCCCCUCCCCCAGGCGCGGCCUACACCAACGCUGUCCCCAUAAUACCGCAGCACAGUACCCUCCGGCAUGUGCAGUAUCCGGUUCCCCCAGACCUGGACAUCACUGAAAAGCCCUGGGCUCUACCUGAACAAACAUCCAUCGUGUUCGUGCACGCGAAUGUCGUAGACCCGGCGAACGAGCGCGUGCUUAAGGAUGUCACCGUAAAGCUAAAGCAUGGUCUGGUGGAAAGCGUCGGGAAGACCAGCAACGAGAGCGACAUGGGCCUGACGGUGGAAGAGCUGCAGGGAGUGGUUAUCGAUGCAAAGGGGUUCUAUAUGUGCCCAGGCUUGAUUGACUGCCAUGUGCAUAUCAUGGCCGUUCCGGGCUACGAGAACAUUAUGGAGACGAUCAAUGGCGUGAGAGACACAGCUAUUAUCCGCUCUGCUUGGGUAUUGAAAAACAUGCUCUCCCAAGGCUUCACGACCGUGCGGGACGUCGGCGGUGCCACGAAACCCCAAGCCGAAGCGGUCGAACAAUGGCUUACGCCUGGUCCUCGCCUCUUUCAGGGUGGCCCUGUCCUCUCACAGACAGGCGGGCAUGGGGACUCGACCGACCCGUAUGGGCCGCAGGUGUGCUGUGGUGUGAGGGGAGCUGGACUGGGAAGGUUGGUGGAUGGGGUACCGGAUGCGUUGAGGGCUGCCAGAGAGCUCAUGAGGAAGGGCGCAGAUCAUAUCAAGAUUACUACGUCGGGUGGUGUUGGCUCGGUCACCGACAAGCUCGAAGCGACGCAGCUCACGAAGGAAGAGAUCAUCGCGAUCACCACAACCGUCAAGAACAUGGGUGGUAUUAUUACCACCUCCCACUGCUACACCAACGAUGGCAUUCGGCACUCAAUCGAGGCCGGGGUUGGAGGUAUCGAACACGGCAACCUGCUGGACGAGCCCACCGCAGCGCUCAUGGCAGAGAAAGGUAUCUACCUGACGCCCACACUCGCCGUGCACGGGAUCAUCAUGAACCCGCCUUUUGAGAAGUUCCUUCUCCCGUCCCAACGCGAGAAGAACGCAAUGGUGCGCGACGCUGGCCUGAUCGCGGUACAGAAUGCGGAGAAGGCAGGCGUGACCGUGUGCUACGGUUCAGAUUUGCUCGGCGUGCAGCACGCGUUCCAGACCCAGGAGUUUGUCGUCCGGGCUAAGGUGCUCCCCAGCCCGACAGUGCUCAAGCACGCGACGACGAACCCGGCCAAGCUACUCAAGAUGGUGGGCAAGAUUGGAACCAUCGCACCCGGUGCGUUUGCGGAUAUUAUAUUCCUCAAGGCGAACCCGUUGGAGGAUGUCACGAUCAUUGACCGUCAGAACGAGUAUUUACUGGGUGUCAUGAAGGAAGGCCGCGUUGUGAGGAGCAGGAUUGAGGGCCUGGAUGUUGAAGUGCCGCUAUGGUGA